GAGUAUGAUAUGCUAGAAAUGGUUCGAACACAUCCAAAGGAAACUACAGAAACCAGUGAGGACAUUCCUUCAAUGUCAAGGAAGGAAGAUGACAAUUGUGGUGUAAGCCCUGAGGACGAACCUCUUGUCACCAAUAUAGCAGCACCACCACACAUUCAAAAACGCCAUCCAGCGGAUCUCAUCAUUGGUAAUGUAAAUGAUGGUCUACGAACCCGAGUUAAGUACACCCCUGGUCAAUAUGCUUAUGUUUCUCAAUUUGAACCUAAGAACUAUAAAGAAGCUCUUGAAAUUGAUGAAUGGACAUUAGCUAUGAUUGAAGAGUUAGUUCAGUUCGAAUUAUUGCAUGUUUGGGGCUUGUUCCUCGCCCUAUAAACCAAUCUGUUAUAGGAACUAAGUGGAUAUUUAGAAAUAAAUCUGAUGAACUUGGCUUUAUCAUUCGAAACAAAGCCAGAUUAGUGGCACAAGGAUAUUCUCAGGAGGAGGGGGUUGAUUAUGAUGAAACCUUUUCCCCUGUAGCUACGUUAGAAUCCAUCAGGUUAUUGUGUGCUUAUGCUUGUUUCAUGGGCUUUCCUCUUUACCAAAUGGACGUGAAAAGCGUGUUUUUAAAUGAAGUUAUACAGGAGGAAGUGUAUGUUUCACAACCUCCUGGGUUUGUUGAUCCUCAGUUCCCUAACAAUGUGUACACUGGUCGAGAGUGAGUGAUUCAUUUUCUCAUAUUCUCUACAUUCUUGUACCCCGGUGAGGACCUAGAUUGCUCGGUUUCUAUUAUGAUAUCUUGAGUUUUGUGCAUGAGGUGACUGUCUUGAGUAAGUGGUUGAGUCAAGUCUAUGUUGGUUGAUGAACAGAAGGGAGACUCCUCCUUUACUCGAUUUUGCCGCACUCAAAUGUCCUCUGUGGUGGUUGUCCAGGUUGCUAUUGAAGUUGUUCAUGUGUUGAUGUUUGAAAGCCAGUAUGAUUCACGUGUUCUGUGCCUAUAUGAUUUGUCCCCAAUGUUGGUAUGAUUGAAAUAUGUGAGCUUACCUUGUGUCUGACUUGGUUUGCUUGGGGCCAAGCAAACAGUUAAGUGUGGGGGAGUUUGAUAGACCGUAAUUGCACAUGUUUUUACCCCUAUUCUUGAGCCAUUUGAGAUGUUGAUUCUCGUGUUUUAGACCGAUUUCACGCUAGGUUGUUCUUGUUUGUGAUAUUUCAGGUCCUAGUAACAUAUUGUAUAAUCGACACAGGCAUCAACACGUAAUAAAACAUGAAGAUAUUAAGCACCACUCUUGUUAGUCCACGGCCGGAGUACUCCCACUACAAUGAUGGCAACGAUGAUGAGAAGGACUAUGAUGGCAAUGCACAUCCAUUUCCAAGAGCUCUUUUGAUACGACUUUGCCCUUUGGAGAGCAGUAUUCCCUGACUGUACAUGAUCUACUGCAGUCGAUACCUGAAACACAUAAAAUUAGAUAAAGAAAGAGUUUCAGGGAAUUUUCUGGAAUCCCCCUUUUCACUUGGCAGAAAAUAUAACAGAAAAGGCAGUUCUCACUUACAUGUGAUUUGAUGUUGUCGAGCAAAUCGCCUUGUGCAUCCACCAGCACUGCCAUAUCCAAGAAGAUCUGCAAAUGAAGAUGACACGUGGAUUCAGAUCAAACAGUCUGCACCUAGCCACUUAAUCACAGUCUAAUCAUAGCACUAGCCAGCCAACAAAGAGUUUCCAACUCACUCCAACAAGACCUUCAUCCCAAGUGAAGCCUAGCCCUGUACAUCAACAACAUUUCGCCUAUGACGACAUGGACGCCCCUACACCACGGUCUACAAGGUCCACUGCCAGACAGGUUCAAACGCCGGUCCACAAGAUGACCCCAAACAACAAUGCAGCAAACAGCUCACCAGGCAUGUCGAAGUACUCGAGAGCACGAGGAGGAGGAGGAGGAGGAAGGGGCGAUCACUCCUCCCCAUCGCCAUUCAACUUCCCAUCGAAGGAUGACGACAGCCUGACGAGCGGCCCGCCAUUCUCGAGGCCUAACUACAUGACUCCAACGAUCUCCGCCAAGGCAAAGACCCGUGCCAACAGUAACCCUAGGGAGAGGUUCCCUCUCCCUGGGACGCCGAGCAGCGAGAAGAGGAGGGUCUCUUUCCCCAUCGGAGGUGGGCAAUCAUUCAAGUGGAAUGCAGGCAGUUUGUUCUCUUCCAACAACAACAAGGGGUCAGGAUCACCAAGGGUGAUUGACAAGCACCAGCCAAUUCACUCCAUUGGGAAUUUGACUGUGAAUUCCACAGUUUCCAUGCCUGCUGCUGUUGGCAGAAGGCCAUUUAACAGGUUUGUGUGAGUUUGUUUUGAGUUGACCCCCUUAUUUGUAUACUUGUGUUGUUGAACAUAUGUGUAUGCUCUCUCUUCCUGUUUGGGUUAAUUUUUGGGUUGAUGUGGUGUAACUUGUACAAUUUGUCUUCUUGCACCUAAUUCAAUUCAAAAUCAGUGUUGUGAAAGCCGAGCCGCCAAAACCGCCAACCGGGCACAAAACCGGCUCGGAUAAGCUAUUUAGCCAGACUGGUUCUCUGGGGCGGCCGGCGAGCGGCCGAAGCGGUUAACCGCUCGAGCCGAUCGUCCGGUUUUUUACAUUCGGCCGGUUGGUUUAAUUAAAAAAAAAGACCGAAAAAAAAAGGGGAAGGUGGGUCGGGGUCGGGCUGUUCUGCAGAACCCUAAUUUUCAUUCUUCUUCGUGGAGACAAGGAAGCGUCGCUUCCGACUCCAAAUCCUUCCUCCUCGUCGCCGUUCCCCGUCUCCAUCGUUGUCUUACCCGUCGCCUGUGACCUGUCGCCGUCGCCAAUGCAGUCAAAAUCGAGUUUUAAAACUUAAAAACUUACGAUUUUACGCUUUUAGGUCACCAAAACGCUUUCGUUUCUAUAUAAAAUCGUUAGUGCAUAAAAUCGGACACAAUUACGUUUUAAAGCUUAAAAUCUUACGCUUUUACGCUUCUAGUUCACUAUAACGCUUUACGAUUUUACGCUUUUAGUUCACUAAAUAGGUAUUCUUUUC